AUGUCUUCAAAUCUUCGGACUGAACCGAGACUGAACACAUUACAGAGCCAGAUGAAAAUGCCGCAGGAAUUGUUACUGGAACAGAAGGUGAAGCGCCUUCUCGCUGCAAUUGACCAGGUAAUGGAGCGACAGGCUAUCUCAAGGUCAACCGCAGUCGUAACAACGAAGGCAGCACCAAAAAAGCGAAACCAAGGUUCUUGGGCGAUCCCAAAGCAUGUUUGUCCCAAGUGGGAGUAUGCCGUCGAUUGGAAUAUUCAAAAUCCACAUGGCACGAUGACGGAGUUCGAAAAAGAGUGGAAGACAAUGUCACAAGAUAAAGAGAAGGUGAUGGUAUACCAAGCUCGCAUGGAUGACAAGCUCGGAAAGAACUGCCAGGCAACUUGA